GCUCCCCAGGAGGAGUUUUAUUGUGAAGUUUUACUGUUGGAUGAGACCAAAUUGACGUUAACCACUCAACAACAAGGAAUAAAGAAAGCCCAAAGCUACAGGUUACCCGACCAUGAAGGUGUCUCUUGAGGAUACAUUUGGCUAUUGGUAGCUGACCAGGAGCCCAAAAAGUAGCCCAGGCUUCUACUGUAAUUUGCUGUGAACUCUCUGUGAAACAAAAUACAGGCCCCAAGGGCUGUAAAGAAAUAUGAAGUCCACUAAGGGGUCGGUGGUGCUGGACUUUGUGUUCAACCAUGUGAACCUGGCAGAGACAGACUACUUCGGGCUGCGCUACUGUGACCGCAGCCACCAGACGUAUUGGCUUGACCCCUCAAAAACCCUUUCGGAGCACAAAGAUUUAAUAACGACGGGGCCUCCAUACACACUCUAUUUUGGGGUCAAGUUUUAUGCUGAGGAUCCCUGCAAGCUAAAAGAAGAAAUAACAAGGUACCAAUUCUUCCUGCAGGUAAAGCAAGAUGUACUACAAGGCAGAAUUCCCUGUCCACUUGAUAUCAGUGCACAGCUGGCAGCCCUGGCCAUACAGUCUGAACUUGGCGACUACGACCCGUACAAACAUGUGUCAGGCUACGUGUCAGAGUACCGUUUUGUCCCGGACCAGAAAGAGGAACUGGAAGACGCCAUCGAGACGAUUCACAAAACCGUAACGGGUCAGGUUCCCUCCGAGGCUGAAGCCAAUUAUUUAGGAACAGCUAAAACACUGGAUAUGUAUGGAGUCGACCUUCACCCUGUGUUCGGAGAGAAUCAGUCUGAAUACUUCUUGGGGCUGACCCCUAUUGGAGUCGUUGUUUACAAAAACAAAACACAAGUUGGGAAGUAUUUCUGGCCAAGGAUAACUAAAGUGCAUUUCAAGGAAACACAAUUUGAGCUUCGAGUUGUUGGAAAAGAUUGUACAGAGACGUCGUUCUUCUUCGAGGCACCCAAUAAGACGGCCUGUAAACAUCUGUGGAAGUGCUGCGUAGAACACCACACUUUCUUUAGAAUGCCAGAAAAUGAUUCCAACACACUUACAAGAAAACUAUCCAAAUUUGGUUCCCUGGGAUCUAAACAUCGGUACAGUGGUAAGACAGCUAUGCAGAUGGGCAGGGAUCCGUCUAUCAGUCUGCCCCGGCCAGACCUGCAGGUGGUCAGGACCCGCAGCAAGACCUACCCCAAGAGACCACCACCGACCACAGGACUGAACAAUGGGAAUCGGUCAAACACAAAGACGGAGAAUUCGGAAAAAGAAGGAACGGCUAAGAUGACAGCACUGCCCUCUGUGAAGAGCGCCAAAGUGACCAAGGUGGAAAAUGGUGGUCCAGAGGAACAGCGAGGGAAGCCCAAUGCACCGUGGGAUGAGAAGGCCCCACAAAGUGGACUGUACAACACGGCCAACGAGCGAACAAAGUCGCCUAAAUUCCCCACGGCACGUGGACGCACCCCGUCAGGAGGCAGCGAGAAUGAGCCGUCCCAGAACAGACGCAGGAAAGGCCAGGCCAGUGAUCCAACAGCUCCCCAGCAGCAGAGCAAACAGCAGAGGAGAAGGUCACGUUCCCGCGGCAACACCAGUAGUGGCAGCGAGUCUGAGAACUCCACCCGGGAUCAUCGUAAAAAGAGGAACCGGUCUCGUCAAGAGAAUGAGAUGGUGGACUCUGGUCCUCAGUGGGAAGCUGUGCUCCGCCGUCAGAAGGAGAGGUCUCAGAACGACCCAAACCACCGCCGCUCCCGACACCGCUCUCGGUCGCGGAGUCCAGACGUGCAGGCUAAGGAACAACUGUGGAAACACAUCCAGAAGGAGCUGGUGGACCCAGCGCCAGACCUCACAGAGGAUCAGCUGAAGGAGAUCCCCUACAAGAAAGUGGAAACCCAAGGAGACCCAAUAAAAAUCCGGCACUCUCAUUCUCCCCGGAGCUUCCGUCAGUACCGGCGCUCCCAGUGCUCCGAAGGGGAGCGAUCCGUGCUCUCGGAGGUCAACGCCCGGACAGAUCUUGUGCCCCCAUUACCUGUGACACGAACAGCAGACAUCCCAGGUUCCAGCUCCACCCCCGCUCAGAAGAAGCACGGAUCCAAAGACACCCUGCUCUCAGAGAUCAUAGAGCGUGAUGUGAAGAGCAGCGCUAAGGUGGUGAAGACUGUCCACUCUCCCAGGACCAAGGUUGAGACGUGACCUGACCAAAACACAACCCCCACCGCAGAAACAAUGCCACAAUCUCCCACCAACACAAAACGUCAAGACCACCCUGAUUUCUUGAAAGAAAAAAAUUACUUGUGAAAUACAAUGGAGGGAGCUGUGUAGAGUACAACGGCUGUACAGUGCGCCAGUGACAAGCCCCACCUUGAAAUAAUCCUGUGUGUGUCUAUGUACGGUAACGUUAUGUGUUAGAUAAUGCAUGGGCAAAAAUGUCACUGGUCUAUGUGCCAGUAUGCUGCUGUCUUUUGGAACACACCACACUGGGAACCCUGUACAGUAUCUUCACAUCAUUCAUAGGAGCGCAUUUCCGGCUUAAGUCCCCGUUGAGUAAGCCUGGUCUCAGACCGGUUUGUGAUGUAUAGCCAACUCCACAACUACCAUAGGCUAUACAGCACAAACAGAUCUGAGAUCUGGCUACUCCUGAGUGGUGGUGGUGG